UGGGGGAUACACUCAUCCCAUCAGAGAUAGUGUGUGUGUGUUUGUGUGUGUGUGUGUGUGUGUGAAGUGUAAGUGCAGAGUGUGAAGAUGAUGCAGCAGAUGAUGCGUGUGUCCUGGAGGGGCGUGUCCCCGGUGAUUAAGUGGGUGGAACCUGUGGCAGAGGUGAGGACUCUGGAUCAGAUGCCUGGACCAUCAGCAGUCAGGUUUGUCUUGGACCUGCUGGCAAACCGAGGACUAUCCAGACUGCACGAAAUGCAGGUGGAUGGUCGGCGCCGGUUCGGGCCAAUGUGGAAGGCAAGUUUCGGUCCGGUUCUGACGGUACAUGUCGCAGAACCGGAGCUGAUAGAGCAAGUGCUCAGACAGGAAGGACACACACCAAUGAGGUCAGACAUUUCCUCCUGGAAGGACUACAGGAAACACAGAGGACAUGGAUACGGCCUGCUGACCGCUGAGGGGGAGGAGUGGCAGAAAAUCCGCAGUCUUCUCGCCAAACACAUGCUGCGUCCCAAAUCAGUGGAGGCAUAUGACAGCACACUUAACGCUGUAGUGACCGACCUGAUCACUAAACUCAAACUACGCACACAACAAAAUCCUCACGGAGUCGUCAGUGACAUCGCAGCAGAGUUCUAUCGCUUCGGCCUCGAAGGUAUUUCCUCGGUACUGUUCGAGUCCAGGAUUGGCUGUUUGGAUGCAGUGGUUCCCGUGGAAACAGAACGUUUUAUCCAGUCCAUUAACACCAUGUUUGUGAUGACGCUGCUCACCAUGGCGAUGCCGGCAUGGCUCCAUCGGCUUUUCCCUAAACCAUGGCGAACGUUCUGUCAGUGCUGGGAUUACAUGUUCCAGUUCGCGAAAGGUCACAUCGACCAGCGCCUUAAAGAAGAAGAGGAGAAGCUGGCACGCGGACAGGAAGUGGAGGGGCGAUAUCUGACCUACUUCCUUUCUCGAGCUGGAAUUCCCAUGAAAUCUGUGUACAGUAACGUGACGGAGUUGCUGCUCGCAGGAGUCGACACGAUCUCCAGCACGCUGUCUUGGUCUCUCUAUGAACUUUCCCGCCAUCCUGAGAUCCAGGCAUCCCUGAGGUCAGAGGUCAUUAAGGUUCUGGGAGACAGAAGAAUCCCGACAGCAGCCGAUGUAGCGGCCAUGCCUCUGAUGAAGGCUGUCAUUAAAGAAAUCACCAGGCUGUAUCCUGUAAUUCCUGGGAACGCCCGAGUCAUCACAGAUCGGAAUAUUACAGUCGGAGGCUACGUCAUUCCCAAAAAAACGCUCAUCACUCUGUGUCAUUACGCCACAUCACGUGAUCCGGCUCAGUUUUCCGACCCGAACUCAUUUACGCCACAGCGGUGGAUCAGUCGUGAUGAAGGGAAUCACCCGUAUUCCUCUCUUCCCUUCGGAGUUGGCAAACGCAGCUGCAUCGGCCGCAGAAUUGCAGAACUGGAGCUGUAUCUGGCCCUCAGUCGGAUUUUACUGCAUUAUGACGUAAAGCCGGAUCCGAGCAGCUGUGUGGUCCGACCCAUGACCCGAACCAUCCUGGUUCCAGACAGAGAAAUUAAUCUGCAGUUCAUCGAGCUCUGAGACUCUGCAUACAGCAGUGUGAAAACAUCUGCAUAGGAGAAACAAAGCAGAAAACAGCUGUGGAGAGUGUGUGUUCCAGUCCAGCACUCUGUGUCUGUGUGUGUGUGUGUGUGUGUGUGUGUGUGUGUGUGUGUGUGUGUGUUCUCACACAGUGCUCUUUAUAGACAUCAUUUCAUCUUGUCUUCUGGAUAAGGAACAGAAGAGGAGAUGAAGGAAACACUCAGGGACAGAUGAAUAAUUCCUGUGUGGACACGCCCCUCUGAGUUCCUCUGAGUUCCUCUGAGCUCCUCAGAGUUCUGUGGAGCUGUGAGAUGAUCCUUGAACUGUUUUUAAAAUGUGUUGUUUUUUAUUUCUGUAACUAGAGGUGAAUUGUGUCUAAAUCUCACAUGUGACUGAAAUCAGAUGAUGGCCUUCAUGUAGCACUUUAUUUACUUACACAUGUGAUGAUAUUAAUGUCCAGGUACUGGUGCUUAAAUACGACACUUUCACGUCACUCAGGUCUGUUAGUGUCAUUGUUACUGUAGUUAUUAUAGUGACGCUGUAGUGUUACUCUGUUGUUACUGUAGAAUAAUUGUAGCAUUACUGUUACUGUACUGUUACUCAUCAGCUGAACUUUUUUUAUACUUUUUAAUGCCUUAUAAUAAAUUGCUACUUUGAAAGAGAAUUAGCAAUGAAAUUUGUUGAUUUUUUAAAGCUAAUUAAAGAGUAAUAAUGGUAAAUAAAAUAA